GUUCCUCCGGUUACCGGUCACCGGAAAGAGAGAGAGGGGGGGCUUCUUUUUUGAACUAAAAUGCAAAUGUGAAAACGGAGAGAGCCGAUGACUGGUUUUGGACUCCAAAGACUUCUCUUUAACGGACCUCUCUUCUUCAAUGGCUUCAAUGAACAGGUGAUUGAUGCACACAUUGAUGCUUUCAAGAAAAUUUUCUUUGGAACUUCUGGGUUUUCUUUAUAUCUACCGCUUCUCAUGACGGGAGAUUAACUAUGUGAUGAAGGAAACUCCUGUUGGGUGUUAAUCAGGAGUUUGCUGGAUUGAUCUCAUAAUUUUGCUAACCCAGAUGCUAUAGUGGAAUCAAUAACAGCUGAUGCAAUAAAGUUGGAGAAAAGGUGUUGUUCUGAUUAAUGUUUUUCUCAUAAUUAGGAUUGUGCCUUGGUGGUAUGGACAUUCCCAAUAUCCAUGACAUCAACCAUCCUUCUUUCCCAUCUUGCAAAUGUUACAAAGUAUCAAACUUGACCCAGACGAUUUUGGACGCUACUGAAAUUUCGAAUUUAAAAGAUCGGUAUAUGCUUGGAGAGCAAUUGGGAUGGGGACGAUUCGGUGUCAUAAGGGCAUGCUCUGAUAAGAUGACUGGUGAGGUUUUGGCUUGCAAAUCUAUUGCUAAAGAUAGAUUGGUCACACCUGAAGAUGUGCGGAGCGUGAAGCUUGAGAUUGAAAUAAUGACUAGGUUAUCUGGGCAUCCGAAUGUUGUAAAUCUCGAAGCAGUAUACGAAGAGGAUAACUAUGUGCAUCUGCUGAUGGAGUUGUGCGCAGGAGGAGAGCUUUUUCACCGGCUUCAGAAGCAUGGGAGGUUCUCAGAACAUGAUGCUCGGGUUAUUUUUAGGCAUCUGAUGCAAGUGGUUCAGUACUGUCAUGAGAAUGGUAUUGUGCACAGAGAUUUGAAGCCAGAGAACAUUCUCUUAGCCACCAAGUCUUCAUCAUCACCAAUCAAAUUGGCAGACUUUGGUCUUGCAACUUACAUAAAGCCAGGGCAUAAUUUGCAUGGAACUGUUGGGAGUCCAUUUUAUAUUGCCCCUGAGGUACUGUCUGGAGGAUAUAACCAGGCUGCUGAUGUGUGGAGUGCUGGUGUAAUUCUUUACAUUCUCCUUAGUGGGAUGCCUCCAUUCUGGGGAAAGACUAAGUCGCGGAUCUUUGAUGCAGUUAGGGCUGCAGAUCUCCGGUUCCCUUCUGAUCCUUGGGAUCAAAUAUCAGCAUCUUCAAAGGACUUGAUAACUGGAAUGCUCUGUGUGGAUCCUUCGAAGAGGCUCAAUAGUGGUCAAGUUUUAGCUCACUCCUGGAUGCAGGAUUGUUCAGAGCCAACUCAAUCUCACAAGCAGGACACCGUUGAGUUUGAACAGCUCGAAAUUGGUGGUGGUUCAUUCUCUAUCCCAUUUAUUAACAGGGUUCAGGACUAUAGUUUCAGCUAUGGAUCACCUGUAAUUGGAGAAUGUCAAGAGCAGCAGUCACCUACAUUCACAUCAUUCUCUUCAUUGCUAGUUGACAACAAUGCUCCUUGCUCUGCAUCAGGAAUUUUCUCUUUUAGCAAUUGUGAUGAAUCUAGUGGGACUGAGUUCCCAAUCCCAUCAAUGCUAAGCUUUACCUUCUUCAGUCCAAAUUCUGCAGUUGAGCAAAGAGAGGUCGAGUUUGGAUUCAACUGCAAUGAGUCUGAUAUGAACUCGAAUCACGGAGAUGCAGAUUCCACCUUAGAAAAGCUAUUUGUGAUGGCAGAUGCAUCUUCUGUAAAGCGUGGAGUAGGAGAAAUAACACAAAGGUCGGAAUUUCGACGAGAAGGGGUCACUGGUUCUAGGGUUUCGAGCAUCCACAGCAGAAGGAAUCACACCAUUGGCCUUGGUGAGCUUGAUCAACUCAAUAUCAUGGUCACUGAUUCCAUUAUCCGCUGGGCAUCAUGUACGCGAAUCCCAACUGCCCCAUCACUUAGAUUAUCUCUUGUUUGCUAGGGUGUAUGUGCGACUUUAACUAGUACACAUUAUUUGUAUAACAUUAACAAGAUUUGUCUAUCUGUGGAGCUGAACUCUGAUUAUCAGACCUCUUCGGCUUUAAUUUAUGUGGUGUCAUGGAAUCAGUUUUUCUUUU